AUGAGUCAGCCACCACCAGAUUGGGCGAGGCUCUUCACGGUGUCGCCCGACUCGGAGACAGAGAGUUUGACAAGCGACCAGGAUGGAGAGGAGUCGAGGAUCGAAAGAGACGAAAACUGGGCCGCUGAUAUAUCACGUAGCAUGCAAGAGGCUCAUCUGGAGGACCCUUCGAAAACUUGGGACACGGAACGAUUCUGGCAACUCAUUCGCAAGGCCCACCAAAUGUCAUUGCUACAUGACAUUCUCCCUGCAGCAGAUUCUGAAGGAGCGACCUUCCUGCUUCACCCACUCAUCCGUGACUGGCUGCAACUCCGGCUACGCGCUAAACAGCGUCGUAGAUAUUCUCACGAAGUCGUCCACACGCUCUGCAGCUCUAUCCGGACUUGUGAAAACAUGCGCACGGAUCCUAGAACCAAACAGUUGCUGCUCCAGCACAUGGACGCUGCUCAGUUGAACAUAAGAGAAUUCUUCAACGGACAUCUUUUGGGUCAAGAGAGAGAGACCUCUGACAGUGCUGUCCAGUUCGCGAGCUUCUAUUUUGAGCAAGGUCGGUUUGAAGCCAGUUUGAAUUUAUAUCGUGAACUUAUAGAGACAACGACAAGACUGAUGGGCAGGGAGCACCCAGACACACUGACUACGAUGAACAACUUCGCCAUGGUACUGGGGGAACAAGGCAAGUAUAAUGAGGCGAAACCGAUAAUCCAGGAAGUUUUGUAUGUUCGUCAGAAGGUAUGGGGCGCAGAGCAUCCAGAUACCCUAAUUAGCAUGAACAACCUCUCCUACAUCUUGAGAAAAGGCCAAAGCAAAUAUAGCGAGGUUGAGCGAAUACGUCGAGAUGUUUUGAAGAUGAGGGAGAAGAUACUGACAAAGGAACAUCCUAGCACAUUAGAGAGCAUGAAUAACCUCGGAACGGUACUACUGCGUCGAGGCAAGUAUGAUGAAGCGGAACAGAUGCUCAGAGAAGCCUACGAAGCCAUGGAUAAAUUGCAGGGGGCCGAGCAUCCAGGAACAUUAGGAAGCAUGAUCAACCUUGCUCGACUAUACAGAGAUCAGGGGAGGUACGUAGAAGCUGAGAGAAUCGGUCGGCGUGUGGUGGAAGCCAUGGAAAGGGUACAAGGCAAGGAGCAUCCAGACACCUUGAAGAGCGUGGGUACCCUUGCAGAAACGCUGAGGCGUCAGGGUAAAUACGAUGAAGCGGAGCAGAUGAGCCAGGAGGUUCUGGAAGUGAGUGGCAGAGUGCUGGGCAAAGAGCACCCCUCCACGUUGAAGCGUAUGAGCCGGCUCGCUUUGGUCUUCAAGUGUCAAGGUCGUGAUGACGAUGCCCUGGCACUCAUGCUCAGUUGCCUGGAACUGAAGAAGGUGAUCCUCGGGCCUGUGCAUCCAGCAACUCAAUUCUCAUCUGAACAAGUUGCAGCGUGGAUGGUCCCACGGAGCGAAAACGGGACCGUCUAA